GCACGGCGGCCCGGGCGGGAGGCGGUGGUGGGGCGAUGUCGGCCAGCGCUGUCUACGUGCUGGACCUGAAGGGGAAGGUUCUCAUCUGUCGGAAUUACCGUGGAGAUGUGGACAUGUCCGAGGUGGAACAUUUUAUGCCAAUCCUUAUGGAAAAGGAAGAAGAGGGGACGCUUUCUCCUAUUCUAGCACAUGGAGGAGUUCGGUUUAUGUGGAUUAAACAUAACAACUUAUAUCUUGUUGCAACUUCUAAGAAAAACGCUUGUGUAUCACUGGUGUUUUCAUUUUUAUAUAAAGUAGUUCAGGUUUUUUCUGAAUAUUUCAAGGAGUUGGAGGAAGAGAGCAUUAGGGAUAAUUUUGUUAUUAUUUAUGAGUUGUUAGAUGAGCUUAUGGAUUUUGGUUAUCCACAAACCACUGAUAGUAAAAUUUUACAAGAGUACAUCACUCAGGAAGGUCACAAACUUGAAACCGGAGCUCCACGUCCUCCUGCCACUGUUACGAAUGCUGUUUCAUGGAGAUCAGAAGGGAUAAAAUACAGGAAAAAUGAAGUGUUCCUGGAUGUUAUAGAGUCUGUUAACCUUUUGGUCAGUGCCAAUGGAAACGUAUUACGGAGUGAAAUAGUUGGAUCGAUUAAAAUGCGAGUCUUUCUCUCGGGAAUGCCAGAGCUGCGACUUGGUUUAAACGACAAAGUUCUCUUUGAUAAUACAGGCCGUGGCAAAAGUAAAUCAGUAGAACUGGAAGAUGUAAAGUUUCACCAGUGUGUUCGUCUCUCUCGCUUUGAAAACGACAGGACCAUUUCUUUCAUUCCGCCUGAUGGAGAGUUUGAACUCAUGUCAUAUCGUCUUAAUACCCAUGUAAAACCACUGAUCUGGAUUGAGUCUGUGAUUGAAAAACAUUCCCACAGCCGCAUUGAGUACAUGAUCAAGGCAAAAAGUCAAUUUAAGCGUAGAUCAACUGCCAACAAUGUGGAGAUUCACAUUCCAGUUCCAAAUGAUGCGGACUCGCCAAAGUUUAAAACCACUGUUGGAAGUGUCAAAUGGGUUCCAGAGAACAGUGAAAUUGUCUGGUCCAUUAAAUCUUUUCCAGGUGGAAAAGAAUACCUGAUGAGAGCUCACUUUGGACUUCCAAGUGUUGAAGCUGAAGAUAAGGAAGGAAAACCUCCCAUUAGUGUAAAGUUUGAGAUUCCGUAUUUCACCACUUCAGGAAUCCAGGUUCGCUACUUGAAGAUAAUUGAGAAGAGUGGCUACCAGGCUCUCCCAUGGGUUCGUUAUAUUACCCAGAAUGGAGACUACCAGCUUCGAACACAGUAAAACACCUCGCAAGCACCACAGACGACAAAACUUCAGGCCUAGAAAUUGUUUGCAGAAGCUUCUGUGGUACUGAGAGCUGUGAAUGUUGUUGCCAAGGGUCUUGUUUCUGCAGUCUUGGAUUGGCAGGAGGAAGAUUGGAAAAUUACUGUUUUGAAUAAUGUGUUUGAGCAUUUGAACCAUUAGUAUUGAUUGUGUGAAUAUUUAUUUCAUUAGAACAUGCUGAUCUUGCUGCUAAUUACAUUAGGAGUAGCAGUUACCUUGAGGAGCCAGGAAUACAGAAUGAACCUUGAGAAUGUCUUGUCAAUGCCUUGUCCGUCACAUUCGCAAAGUUUCUAGUAUUCGUAUUUUAGGAUCUCUACAGACAAUGGCAGCAUAAUAUGCUACAAAUUAGGGAGACAAUUGUGCAAUUAAAUGACUGCUGAACACUUAGUUGUAUUUA